CUCCUCCGCCGCUCAGCGUUCAGCGGCGCAGCGGGCGACGGCGAUUCCCAUUACUGCGGGCGGGUCUUGCGCGAGUCGAGCCUCGCCUCUUAGCGAUAAUCGGGCGAAAUCUCUCCACAUUGCGCCUAAAACUUGGACGCGACGCGAGAUCGACGGGGAAUCCGACGCCCGCGAGGAAAUAAGGUAUGGCGGCUAUCAGGAAAAAGCUGGUGAUCGUGGGAGACGGAGCGUGUGGGAAGACCUGUCUCCUCAUAGUGUUCAGCAAAGACCAGUUUCCAGAAGUCUAUGUGCCUACUGUGUUCGAGAACUACAUCGCAGACAUCGAAGUCGACAGCAAACAGGUGGAGUUGGCAUUGUGGGACACAGCAGGACAGGAAGACUACGAUCGUCUGAGGCCUCUGUCCUACCCAGACACAGAUGUCAUCCUCAUGUGUUUCUCCAUAGACAGUCCUGACAGUUUAGAAAACAUCCCAGAAAAGUGGACGCCGGAGGUGAAGCACUUCUGCCCCAACGUUCCCAUAAUCCUCGUGGGCAAUAAGAAGGAUCUGCGCAACGAUGAGCACACACGGAGAGAGCUGACUAAGAUGAAGCAGGAGCCAGUUAAACCGGAGGAGGGCAGGGAUAUGGCCAACCGCAUUAGCGCCUUCGGCUACCUGGAAUGCUCAGCUAAGACUAAGGAGGGCGUGAGGGAGGUGUUCGAAAUGGCCACCAGGGCGGCGCUGCAAGUCCGCAAGAGGAAGAAGAGGAGCGGGUGCUUGCUGUUGUGAGAGAACUUUCCGGUCUUUUCCAGAAUGAUCUCCAUAAUGACCAGGAAAUACCAAACUCCACCAAAAAAAAAAAAAAAAAAAAAAAAAAAAAAAUUUAAAUAAAAAAAAAAAAAUCCUCGACCAAACGACAUAAAUACACUGGACUGUAAGUCACAUUUCAUGCAAACCAACAGGUGGGAAAUGGAGGAAUGUGAAUAAAAUAUGCAUUAAAUGGACUGAGGCUGAGCAGAAAGGCAGGUUAGAUCGGUAUAUGAUACGUCUAGAUUUAGUUUUCCUUAUGGCACAAUGUUUUUCAGAAUAAACACCUUGAGUUUGUACUGUACGGAUGAUGCCGGUCGUGACGGUAUUGUUUUUUUGUUUGGUUUUUUUUGCACAUUUAUCGAUUGUUAUUAUAGCUAAGUCUGGUUUUCAUAUUAUUGUAAUCGAAAUUAAUAUAACCGAAUAUAACCACAUCAUUUGGUAAUAAAAUCAGUGCCUUCAUCACCAUUCCCUCCACAAUUUGAAUGUACUCCGGUAAAGUGCUAGUUUUGAGCUUCUCUGUGACUUUACACACUUUUGUAGUAGUGAAGAACUACGUAUUUAAAAAAUCUCCAGUAAUGUAGAUUAUGUUUAUAUCUUCCAGUCCCCAAAUAAACAGCAAUCACGUGUACUUCGAAGGCUCGGUCAGACCUAAACUGCCAAUUAGGAACGCGACUCGUUUUAUUAUCCCGUUUGUCCUCCGCACAUGCAUAAAUGAACUGGUUGAACCUGCCACGAAUAUCCGGGCUGAGCUCAUGCCGUCACGCAAUCUGACCGUAUUGUCCUCAGAUUAGCCGGUUGAGUAUUGUUAACGCAAACAUUUUGAGUUGUGAUUACUUAAUAGGUUAAAAAAACGUCUAAUAAAUACACCGAUGAUUGCUAGCGAAUGCUUAUUAGCUAGAAGAGGCCUCGAGUGCCUUUCCUUUUCCCACAGAAUUGCGUGCCUUUAGUUAGCGUUUGGUUCGAGAUGAACGUUUGUGUGCAUGCACGAGUUCCGUCGCAAUCAGUGUUUCGUGAUGUUGCAUGCCAGUAAAUCGGGAGCCGUUCAGGCCGCGCGGGUUUCGAGAAUAAUGGUAGCUAAUUAUACAGAGCUGUGCUUCUAGAAAAAGAUCUGUAGCUUUUAUUCGCUGGUGUAGAAUCCAUAUACCGAUGUCACUUCCACUGCUGUCCCCUGCCGGUGCCGUGAGAUGCCUGACACGAGGUAAAUUAGCGACGCUACAUAAAUCCGCCCCCGUGUUUCCUGUCUGUGUUGACUGUUUGAACGAGUGCUGAAUUCAUUAGCAUGGUGUAACUCGGUUUCCCUCGUCUGGUAAUGUGAAGUAAGAGGGCGAAAAGCACAAAAAGCUGUCAAGGGUCAUAUUUCAACCCACAAAUAAGGAAUAUAGUUACAUAUAUAUAUAAUAUAUAUACAUGUACAUACAUUUGUACAUUUUAUAAAGUUCUUUAAGGUAAAAUACGACCCAGACGUCUCUUCCAACCAAAACCUUUGCAAACAGAACGUGAAACUAAGCAUCUAUAGAAUUCUUGAACACUAUGGCAACGAUUUCGAAGUUAUUAAACCGGGCAUUAUUAAAACACUGAGUGUAAUGCACAAGGAAUAUCCCAUCAGACCAAGUACAUACUACCUGCUAAUAAAAGAGGAACAGCUUUUUUUUUUCUCUUUUCUCCAGUGUACUGAUUUGUGCAAUCCUCGAUGUGACAACUGACCCAUGACCGUUGUGAAGUCUGCAUGAGCAAAUUACUACAGCGACCAGUCUUAGCAUACAGAGCUCCUCUUUGGACUCUGAGAUCAACCUGCUGUGUGUUCAUAUGGUCUCUUCCUUUUUUUUUUUUUUCCUGGAAGUAUUAAAUAUGAUUUAUUAAUCCAGAUUUUUAUGAGCGCUCAUAGUAACAAUGCUUUGUAAACGGGACUAGUAGUAAUUGUUUGAAUGAAGUGAAACCAACCUGUUAAUAAACUAUUUUUUCGAAACAAAA